CGAAGAGAAACAAAAGCACAGUUGUGGGUGCCUGAAACCAUGCGAGAUUUGCACUAUUCUCAAAGAAGGCUGCUCUAUUCGUGGACCAUGUCGUGAGGUGUGGCUCUAGCGCUCAUAUACUGCCAAUAGAUACGCCUGGGAGCGGGGCAAAAGAUGUCCGCCUCGGUAGGGCCCCAAAGCGGCCCUCGCCCACCCACCGUGCCGGCUCCCAUGCCUGAUAUGCCGGACUUGAGUCAUCUCACGGAGGAGGAAAGGAAAGUCAUCAUGGCAGUGAUGGUUCGGCAAAAGGAGGAAGAGGACAAGGAACAAGCCAUGCUAAAGACACUGCACCAGCAGUUUGAGAGUUAUAAGGAGCAGGUGAGGAAGAUUGGGGUAGAAACGAAACAACAGCAGGCUGUCCAUAAAGAUGAUGCACCUACCUGUGGCAUCUGCCGUAAGACCAAGUUUGCAGAUGGCUGUGGGCAUCUGUGUUCCUACUGCCAGACCAAGUUCUGCGCCCGCUGUGGGGGAAGAGUGUCACUGCGCUCGAAUAACGAGGAUAAAGUGUGUCUCAUAGGGAAAGACAGGGUGAUGUGGGUAUGUAACCUGUGCAGGAAACAACAGGAAAUCCUAACUAAAUCAGGAGAAUGGUUUUCAUCAGGGCCUGGGGGGAGGCCUCUUAGUGUGGGCGCUCCCCUGAGUGUCCCUGAGUUGGAGAAGGACAGGAAGUUGCGCUCCAGAUCACAGGCUCCGGUCACUAACAACACUCUUCCACCCAGCGCUGGUGCUGGUGACCCCACCAAAGGAGCAGAUACGAUGCCCGCCUCACGCUCCCGCAGUGAACCGCCACGAGACAAGAAGAGACCUGUGUCCCUGCACGAGCAGAAUGGAAAGGGGAUUGGACGUGGAGAGAGAAGGCGAGGCCCUGGCCGGUUGUCAUCACAGGCCUCUGAAGACCGAGCUCCAGGUGAGAAGCGCGAAAGCAGACGACUGGAGAACUGCCACUCGCAGGAAUACCCAGAGAAUGAGCCCACCCAUCCCGAGCGGCGAAGAAGACAGGAGGACGAAGAGCGAGAGCGUCAAAGACGGGAGGAGGAGUACCAGACUCGUUACCGCAGUGACCCGAACCUCGCUCGCUACCCUGUAAAACCACAGAAGGAGGAACAGGAAAUGCGUAUGCAUGCCAAAGUGUCCAAAAUGCGUCAGGAGCGUCAUCACAGCGACCUUGCCAUCAACGAAGUUGGAUUGAUUCAAGAUGGGAGUGAGGCUGCUGGAAAUCGCAUGAGCAGGCAACGAAUAGCUAACAAUGACAACCACAAGGCCCUUUUAGAAAACCAUCGAGCUUAUUCUAUGGACAGGACCGUGGGGGGUGGUGUUGGGGGACAAGGACCCCUCGCUAAACAGGGCCACAGUGGCCCUCAAGGGGGCCCUGCUGGGCCCACAGACCUCAGGGAAGAACAUGACUGGGGCCCAAAGGGGCAUCUGGAACCGGGGUCCGCAGCUUUUCUGCACAGGGCUAAGCGGGAAAAAGCUGCAGAAAUAAUGAGUAAAGAUUCUUCUCUUAGUUCGGACCAAUCUGAGUCGUUACGGCCACCUCCACCUAGAGGCUAUAGACCCAAACGAGGCCUCAACAAAAGGCAGAUGUCCAUCAGUAGCUCGGAAGAAGAGGGUGGCUCCACGCCUGAAUACACCAGCUGUGAGGAUGUGGAGAUCGAAAGUGUUAGUGAAAAAGGUGACUGGGAUUGUCAUUCUCUGGACCCCACUGUGUGGCAUCAUCCAGUGAGCUGGCAGCCAUCCAAAGAGGGAGAUCAUUUGAUUGGCCGCAUCACUCUAAGUAAGCGCUCCACCAUGCCACGAGAAGCUGGUUCCCUACUGGGUCUGAAGGUGGUUGGUGGGAAAAUGACAGAGUCAGGGAGAUUGGGGGCCUUUAUCACCAAAGUAAAGAAAGGAAGUUUGGCUGACAUUGUAGGCCAUUUACGAGCAGGCGAUGAGGUGUUGCAGUGGAAUGGAAAGGCGUUGCCUGGAGCAACUAAAAAGGAAGUGUACAAUAUUAUUCUGGAGUCCCAAUUAGCACCUCAAGUGGAAAUAGUUGUUUCUAGACCAAUUGGAUGUAUUCAACGAAUUCUGUCCAAAAACUUCUUGAAAAAGGUCUAUAGAGCAUAUCAAGAUACACCAAGACUUCCAGGGACAUCACAUCCUCCUUUAGAAUCAACUGGUUCGAGUUCUAUAGAUGAAUCCCAAAAGAUGGACCGUCCAUCCAUUUCUGUAAUGUCACCAACUAGUCCAGGGAUGUUGAGAGACCUUCCUCUGGUACUGCCAGGCCAGUUGUCGGUGAAAUUAUGGUAUGAUAAAGUGGGCCAUCAGCUUAUUGUCAAUGUCCUACAAGCACGAGAACUGCCCCCUCGACCAGAUGGACGACCCAGAAAUCCCUAUGUCAAAAUGUAUUUUCUUCCUGAUAGAAGUGACAAGAGCAAAAGAAGGACGAAAACAGUGAAGAAGAGUGCAGAGCCAAAGUGGAACCAGACGUUCCUGUAUUCUCACGUCCACCGCAGAGACUUCAGAGAGCACAUGCUGGAGAUCACUGUUUGGGACCAGCCCAGAGUCCAAGAGGAAGAGAGUGAAUUUCUGGGAGAGAUUCUGAUCGAGCUGGAAACAGCUGUAUUGGAUGACCAGCCACACUGGUACAAAUUGCAAACCCAUGAUGUGUCGUCCCUACCAUUGCCUCAGCCAUCCCCCUGCCUCCCUCGCAGACAUGUUCAUGGAGACAGUCCUAGUAAAAAACUGCAAACAGCAGAGAGGAACUCCAGAGACAGGGAGAGGUCAAGCACGCUGACCGUACCUGAGAGACAGGCGGCCAUGCAGCAUCGCUCGCGGUCAGUAUCGCCGCACAGAGAAGACCAAUGUAGAGCCCGCUCACGACCUGCACACGUCCCUGUGCAGAGGAGUCUGGAUGAGAUCCACAAAAACCGCCAUCAUUCCUACUCUCCCUCUUGCUACCAUGACUCCCACCAGGAACAUCGCUCUGGAGAUUCUGACUAUGAAUAUUCAGAGGACAGCGAGGUCCUGGAGAUGAACAGAUCAAUCCGAGGUGGGAGUGCUGAGUGCCUGCAUACAAACAGGAAAUUAGCUAGGCACUGUAACACACUUCCCCCAAAGAUGCCCUUGUUAGUGAAUGGUAUACAUAAAGAAAUUUACAGCUCUACCCUCCCUGCAUGCUUAAAGAACAAACCGUCCCGGCGAACAGAGAGGGAUGGCGUUAUCCCUCUUAGUGCCAUUCCACAGCGUGUUCUCAGGUUCACAGAUGAGGUCAGCUCUGGUGAUCUUCAGCCUUCAUUAGACAGAAUAAGAAGUGCCAGCACGACUUGUUUGAGACCAGAGUCAAACUUCCACUCACCAGAAAGAGAAAGUCAUUUUCCAUCUCACAGGCAUUCUGGCAAUUUGGAUAGGCCAAGCUGUCAGAUAGCUAACAAGAAAACCAUUGAUGGCGACAGACUCCAGCCCACCUCUAUCCUCAGGGGUGGCAGGAGGAGGAGAGAGCCUCCCCUCAGGCCCUUUGGCCAGACCAACUUAGGGGGUUCCUGCCCUAACUCCCCACGAGCUAACAGAGAACUUCCGCAUGGUGGACAUUAUUCCCCGGCAGGAACCACGUCAUUAGGGCGCAGGGGCAGACAGCUACCACAACUCCCUGCAAAGAGCAGCUGUCUUGAUGCAGCUCUAGCAGUGGAAGAGCGGGCUCGUCAGUUGCAAAUGAGAGUACAUUCCCAUCGGCCGGCCUCUUAUGCCAGCUCUGGUCCCGACCCAGAGGCAGAGCUCAAAAACAGGAGAGAUAUGUAUAAGGAUCAGAGGAGGAGUUGUGAUAACAUGUCUGCGAGGUCAUCAGACAGUGACAUGAGCGAUGCAUCAGCCAUCUCCCAUGCCAGCAGUGCCUCACGAUUGAGUGCCACCAGCUACAUGUCCAUUCAGUCUGAGAGACCACAUGGGAGAAUCAGGUCAAAGUCGUUGGAGAGUUGUAAAGGAGAUGAAAAGAAGGAGAGAAGGAUUUCAUGGGGGGUGAAUGGAACAGACAACAGGAGGAGUCUGGGAAAGAGACGUUUCUCUGAGGAGCUUAAACGCAGGCGUCAUACGGUGGCUGGAGAUGUGAGUCGUCAAGUCAGAACCUCAUCUGGUCGAAAUAUGCUAAAGAGCACAAGUGUUAGCGGUGACAUCAACGCAACUGAGCGAACAGACGGCAGCCAGUCUGACACUGCCCUGGGAACAGUCGGAACCGGAGCAAAAAAACGUCGCUCCAGUCUCAAUGCUCGAUUCGUGGCUAUCGUGGGAAACCGUCGCAGCCGAAGCACCUCACAGAUCAGUCAAACAGAGGCAUCCAAUAAGAAGUCAAAGGGCAGUCAAGGGACGAUCCAGCGCAGUCAGGAGACGGGAAUGGCUGUGGAAUUGCAGAGGAAUAUGAGUCGUCAAUCCAGCCGUGAAUCCAACAACGGAAGCAUGAACAGCUACAACUCAGAGGGCAGUCCAAUCUUCCCAGCAGUUCGAGUCGAGACUCAAUUCAGUGACUUUCUGGAUGGACUGGGGCCUGCUCAAUUAGUUGGUCGACAAACCCUUGCCACACCAGCAAUUGGUGACAUUCAGAUUGGCAUGGUGAAUAAGAAAGGCCAGCUGGAGGUGGAGGUGAUAAGAGCACGAGGUCUCAUCCAAAAACCAGGGUCCAAAUCACUCCCCGCUCCAUAUGUCAAAGUCUAUCUUCUACACAACGGGGCGUAUGUAGCUAAGAAGAAGACAAAAAUUGCACGCAAGACACUCGACCCGCUGUACCAGCAAACGCUGCAGUUUGAAGAAAGUCCACAGGGUAAAGUGUUACAAGUAAUUGUCUGGGGAGAUUAUGGGCGAAUGGACCACAAAUCCUUCAUGGGAGUUGCACAAAUCCUACUAGAGGAGCUGGACCUCUCCAGCAAUGUGAUUGGCUGGUACAAACUUUUCCCGCCUUCUUCCCUAGUCGACCCAACUCUUGCCUCUCUAACUCAACGUGCUUCUCAGUCAUCCCUGGACAGUUCACCGGCACCUGCGGGGGUUCGAUCGUAGUGGACUAAUAAUAUAAAGCACAGUCUGAAAGACAACGGAACAACAAUAAGAGCAAGGCAGGAAAUGCGAUGAAAUAACACAAAGCUUUGUUCAAAUCUGACAAUCACUUCUGUGACAUUGUUUUUAUUUUCCUCUUUGUGGGUAGCCCGUGUUCUGCCAAAUUUGUUUGUCCUAAACGAAAUCGUUUGUUUCUCUCACUGUUUGUUACGUGAGACUUAGGGCUGUCUACACUAGCAUGUGAGAAGCACCGCUUUAGGGCGACAUAGAAAGCAGGGUGAUAUUCAGUCAAGUCUUCAUUGAAAUCUACAUUAGCUAGGUUUUAACAGAGCAUCAGAAUGUAUCAACCCAAAAACAAAGGUGACCUCUGACCAAGGGAUUGUGGGGCUUCAGUCGAGGCCCUGUCUAAACCCUGUUUGUACUGAUAGUGAAAGGUCAAGAACUUGAAAGACGUAGGGCAUCCCCUGGGGAGGUUGUCUGGAAGGGCAGGGCCUUUCUUGGUGCCUAAACCUGGAGGACCCAAAGCCAUGAUCCAUUUUCUCCAAAAAGUUCCUCUGUUCUCAAAGUUUGUGACAUCUAACGGAGGUCGCUCUCGUCUAGAAU